AUGAGUUCUCCACAAACUGAUGAAAGGGAACAUCAAUCAGUUCAAGAAGUAGAUAUGACUGUUGAUGAAGUGGAAAAGGUGGAAAGUUCUGAAGAGGGUGAUCACAAUAAGAAGGAUGUCACCAUGGGAGAAGAGACUGUUGAAGAAGAUGAAGAGGAAGAAGACCACAUAGCUGAUGAUCAGCCACAUGGAGAAGAUGAUGAUGAGGCUGAAGAUGGUAAAAAUGUCGUGGACGUUGAAGAAGAGGAGGAGGAAGAAGAAGAGGAAGCUUCUUUAUCACUUCCAUUAUCAAAAAUCAAAAAGAUCUUCAAGUUGGAUCCAGAGUACACAGCUGCAUCACCAGGAGCGGUGUAUGCCACAGGUUUAGCAACUGAAUUGUUCAUACAGUACUUUGUUGAACAGGCUUCGAUGCUGGCCAAAAUGGACAAGAGAAAGAAAAUCCAAUAUAAGGACUUCAGUAGUGCUGUAAGUCACAACGACGCGUUGACGUUUUUACGAGACACCGUCCCUAAGACACAAGAACUUAGCGCACUCAUCAGUAAGAACAUAAUUGAUGUAAAUGGCCAACCUGGGGUUGCUGACAUGGAUACCAUGGGAUCAUCUACCACUGGAGAACAAGAAGAUGUAGAAGAAGUACAAACAACAACCCAUAGUAAACCUCUUGCAAAGGGUCAACAAACUUUAAACUUUGAAAGAGCAACGCCUCAAGCCAAAGCUGUAGAUCCUGCACCAGUCGCCCCUAUCAAGAAGGCAGUACUACUGGACUUGAUGUCGGAGGAUCAAGAUGAAGAAGAAGUAAUAAUGAUAGAUUAA